GCGGCCUUGCUAUCUCAGAAAUACGGGCUCAUCAACGUUUGCUGCGGGCAAAUGCUUAAGGAAGCCGCUACCAGUGAUACCAAACUUGGGAGGUUCAUUAAGCCGUACCUUGAUGGAGGAUGGCCAGUGCCAGACAAGGUUGUCGUGAAGCUCCUGUCCAAACGGAUCAACAGGCUGGAUUGCUACUCUCGAGGUUGGGUGCUGCAUGGCUUCCCAAAAGAUGAAGACCAAGCCAAACGCAUGCCGAACACCGGGAUCUAUCCGAACAGGGUCUUUUUCCUGAAUGUCCAGGCGGAAACCAUUCUGGAACGCCUAUCCUACUCCAUGGUGGAUCCUAUCAGCGGGGAAAGAUAUCAUACACUGUACAAGCCGGCCAUUACCAAGGAAGUCAAUGACCGCCUGCUGAUGAACCCGAAGGAGAUGGAAGAGACCAUCAAGAGCAAAGUCGACCUGUAUUUCAGGCUCUCUAGCAAUCUGGAACAAUAUUUCGAAGACGCGAUUUCCAUCAACGGCGAUCAAGACCCCCACACGGUAUUUGAGUACAUCGAGAGUUAUUUGAUCAACCCUCUGCCGAUCAAAGAGAUCUGGGAUCUGUAGUAGCUCAGCCUCCGUAGUUAGGAAGCUGAAACUUAAUUCUCCAUCUAAGAGCUGAAUAAAUAUAUAUAUAUAUAUAUAUAUAUAUAUAU